AUGGCCAACAGCCGCAUCUCCUACAGCAUCAGCGGCGUUGCUCCAUAUCAGGGCAGAAACCUGUUUUACAUCAACCCCAAUAACGGACAGCUGCACCUGGGACAGUCAUUUAACACAGAUACGUCUGGUGCCAGCAGCUACCAGGUCGUGGUGACGGCCACCGACUUUGGCACCCCACCAUUAUCGGGUGCAGCCACCAUGAACAUCAACGUAGUGAGGAAUACCCAGGCUCCAGUCUUCAACAGUGCCAGCUACCGGGCCACCAUUGAUCAAACUCUAGGAGUCGGUAGUAGUGUGUUGACCAUGUCAGCCUCUGAUGGGGACACCCAGCCACCUUACAACGUCAUCUCGUAUUCACUCGUUGGGGAUGGUAAUGCGCCUUCAUUCUUCCGACUUGAUGGUGUUAACAGCGGCUUGAUCAUUGUGAAGGAUACUUUGACUAAGGAUUCAAGUCUGUCUUACGUGUUACGAGUUGUGGCUACUGAUGGUGGAAACAUUGCAACAACAGCAACAGCAACAAUCAUCGUCAACCGAAAUCUCAACCGUCCCACAUUUGUCCGAACGUCACUGGCAGCGACAAUUGUGGAGAACUUUCCACUGGCUACUUCCAUAGCAAAAGUCCAGGCAGUAGACAGUGAUAUCCUAGCCCCCCACAAUCAAGUGACGUAUAGCAUCAUCGGAAACCAGAACGCUGUGAACUAUUUCGCUGUAAGUUCAAGAGGAGAAAUUUCCCUGAAGCGCUCUCCAACUGAUACCACCACCAACACCUUCCAGGUGAAUGUGUCCGCUCAGGACAGCGGUCUCCCGGCCCCCCUUGGGAGCCAGACCAAUGCUCUAGUCACAGUGACAAUUUCCCGCAACCAGAAUCCUCCAAUCUUCUUCAACUCAAGCUACAGCGUGGCUAUUCCAGAAACAUCGACCGUUGGAUCUUCUGUGAUCCAGAUCUCUGCAACUGACUCGGACUCAAAUCCCCAGUUCAACCAGAUCAGAUACACUGUUAUUGGUGAUGAUUCGGCCGGGACCUUCUUUAGCAUCAGCCCCAUCACCGGACUCCUGUCAACCCAGGCCUCUUUACAGUCUGAGAAUGUCGACAGAUACAGUUUCUCUGCUCGAGCAAUUGAUCGUGGUACACCAACCCUAACUGCAUCCAGCAAUGCCAGCGUUGUCAUCAAUGUCGUCCGCAACCAAAACGGUCCCGCCUUCGUCGGUGAACCUUACGGCAGGUCCAUUCGCCAGGAUCUGGGCGUUGGUUCGUCUGUCAUUCAGAUCAACGCUGUCGACCCUGACACACAAGCUUCGUUUGGAGACAUCAGCUACAGCAUCAUCGGCAUCGACACUGCACCAUCCUUCUUCAGCAUCGACAGUGUCACUGGACUGAUUACGCUGAGGGCUAGUGUAGCCACGGAUUCUACAACUGAGUAUAGAGUGUUGGUCCGGGUCGAGGACAGUGGAUCUCCGCCCAAAAGUGACAUCACAGUUGUGACUAUUACAGUUAAUAGGAACCUUGCGGCACCUGUGUUCCAAGCUCUGGCCUACAAUAUUACUAUACUCGAAACUCAAAACCUGGGAGACACUAUUGUCACAGCCCGAGCCACGGACUCCGAUCUUAUGUCCCCUAACAAUGCUAUUGUGUAUAGUGGAGUGGGAACAGCUCGGGCUCUGGAGUACUUCUACAUCAACGUUGUGACAGGCGAUAUCUCUGUUCGGCGCUCCCUCAUUGACGACACCACUGCCAACAACGACAAAUACACGCUUACCGUUGCUGCCCAGGACAAGGGUGUGCCAGUCUCCCUAAGGGCCACUUUACCUACGAUUGUCAACAUCUACGUGAUCAGAAAUCAGUUCGGACCGGUAUUUGCCAACACUCCAUACUCGGACACUAUUUCUCAAGCCACUGCUGUGGGAACAAGAGUCUUUACAGUCAGAGCCAAUGAUGACGAUCUUAGGGCUCCCUACAACAUAGUGCAGUACAGUUUGAUCGGUGACGACAACGCUCCCAACUUCUUCACCAUCAAUCCUGUUACUGGAGAGAUUGCGACUCGCGCUACCAUUUCCAGCGAUACUUCUCCCUCCUACAGGCUUCGUGUCAUGUCCUACGACGGUGGCAACCCCUCAAGGAAUACUUACGAAGUUGUCACGCUCACAGUGGACCGCAACCUGUUUGCACCAGCCUGGCUCAGCCCAUCUGGUCCCGGCUUUACUGCUGCAACCACUAUCUUCGAGAGCGCCGACUUCAACACUCCUGUAUUCCAAGUGUCCGCCACGGAUAACGAUGCAGCAGCUCCCUACAAUACAGAGGUUUACAGUCUGGUUGGAGACAGUUCUGCCUUGACCUACUUCUCAGUUGACGCAAACAGUGGUCACAUCCGAUUGAAGACCUCUCUCCUUCAGGACACAGCGCAGCAAUACACCUUGCUAGUCCGCGUCACAGACGAUGCCCAGCCUCAGAGACCAGCCGCCAACACGGCCACGGUUCUGGUUAAUGUCCUGCGUAAUAAGUUUACUCCUUUCUUCAUGGAUACUCCAUACUCUCGUCCAAUCUCGGAGAAUCUCGCAAUAGGUUCUUCAGUAGUCACGGUUACAGCUUUGGAUAAUGAUCCGCAGAAUACGUUUGAACGUGUGAACUAUGAAAUUAUCGGAGACGACGCUGCCCCUGUUUAUUUUAAUAUUGCCCAGACCACGGGAACACUGUCCAUAUCGCAAUCAUUGGUUGGCGUGGCUGAGAGUACAUUCUACGUGAGGGUUCGAGCCUACGAUAAUGGUCUACCUAUUCCAAGAAGUAACACCACUGUUGUCACUGUCACCAUCAGGAGGAAUCUCAAUGCACCAGUUAUCUCCCCUACACUGUACGAGAAGGUCAUCCCCGACACUACUCCACUGGGAACGGUUGUAACAACUAUCGGUGCUACUGAUGCCGAUUUAAGUUCUCCCCACAAUGUCAUCCGAUUCUUUACUAGUAGUCCGAAUUCACUGGCUGACGAAUUCUUCUUCCUUGACGCCGUAUCUGGUGAUGUGUCGGUGAAAAAGUCGCUCACACUCGACACGACCCAGAACUCAGUUUACACGAUGGCGGUAAGAGCUUCCGACACUGGGAUCCCCCCUCUGACAUCGCAGGAAGCCCAGGUUCGAAUCCAGGUGACACGGAACAUCCAUGCCCCACGCUUCUUUCAAUCUCAGUACGAAGCCACUCUUCCAGAGAUGCGUAGUGUUGGGGCUGUCAUCGCUCAGCUUACUGUCUCUGAUGCUGACACUGUGACUCCCUUCAAUGCUGUGACUCUCCGGGCUGUUGGUGACGACCUGGCUACAACAUACUUCGGCAUCAACCAGACUGGUUCUGUGUUUGUACAGAGAGACCUCAGAAGCGACACACUGACGUUUUACAGGCUGAGAGUGGAAGCACGAGAUGGCGGCUCUCCAGCUAGAAGUGCAACUGUCCUUGUCAACAUCAACGUUCAACGCAACCUCUACGCCCCAGUGUUUAACCCAGCUCGCUAUGAAGAAACCAUCAUGGAAACAACUGGACUGGGCGUCAGUCUCGUCAGAGUGCUGGCUACUGACGCAGACACAAGGGCUCCACACAAUGUAUCCCGAUUCAGCAUCAGCCAAGGCAGUUCGAGUUCUCAGGGACGCGACUACUUCAUCAUCGACUCCGUCAGCGGAGUUGUAACCCUCAGACAGUCUCUCAUGACCGACAACACCCAGGCUACAAUUUAUACUUUCAACGUUGACGCCACAGACACUGGCGUGCCUUCCCUCUCCAGCGGCAACGCUGCCACCGUCAUCAUCAACGUCGUCAGGAACCGCAAUCCCCCAUUCUUUAUUGGUCAACCGUAUAGUACCUACAUCAACAGAACCUUGCCAGUAGGGGCAGUCGUUUACGACUUAGACGCUCAGGACUCGGACAUCAGGGCUCCAUACAACACCAUCGAAUACGACGUCAUCGGCGACGAUGUGUCACCCGUGUUUUUCACAGUUGAGGCUCAGUCCGGUCAAAUCAGAUUGACGCAGAGCAUUCUAAUGGAAUCGGAACUAAUCUACCCAGUGAGAAUCCGUGCUCGCGAUGGUGGUAACCCACGUCUCACAGCAACAGCCCUCGUCUCAGUGAUUGUCAACCGCAAUCUGCACGACCCCAGUUUCCUAAGACAAUCCUACGACAUCACCAUUCUUGAGACUACAGCUCCAGGAACCAGUUUCAUCAACGUCGCUGCCAACGAUGCUGAUAUCACAGCUCCCUACAAUGUGGUUCGCUACUACUUCGCCUCGUCCGUGGAUCAGUUUUACCUGGACGACGUUUCAGUCACAGUCCUCCGUAACAACAACCCCCCAACCUUCGUCAGUGAGCCUUACACCAUCGACCUGACUUCCAACACUCCCGUGUCCACCAGCCUGGUCCAGGUGGCCGCCACAGAUGCUGACGUACAGGACCCAUACAACAGGAUCAGAUUCACCAUUAUCGGGGAUGAUGCAGCACCAAGCCUCUUCACCAUCGACGGCGCUACCGGCGUUAUCAGGCUCAACAGCAACAUCAACACCGACUCCAGCAGUAUUUAUAAGAUUCGUGUCUUGGCUCAAGACGGUGGCAGUCCGAGUUUGUCAGAUACGACUGUCGUGUCUGUGAACGUCACCCGUAACCUCUUUCCGCCGGAGUUCCGGAGCACAUUCUCUAAUGUUGCGAUCACUGAAAACCAAGCCCUUGGGGAGUCUUUCUUCAGUGUUGUUGCAAGCGACAAUGAUGUCAAUAUUCCCAACAAUGUGGUCGAGUACACAUUGUCUGGCAAUGAUGCCGCGAAGGAGAAUUUCCAAGUGGGCAGUCUGUCUGGUCAAAUAUCUCUGCUGCGGUCAGUGUCUGAUGACGGGAACAGACCUUCCACGUACACCCUCACCAUCACCGGGCGAGACAUGGGCAUCCCUCCACGCGCUGCCAUCAACACGGCCACCGUGACGGUAUCAGUAGCGAGGAACAACCACGCCCCCACCUUCAACGGCCUGCCAUACCUCAAAACCAUCUCCAGGACUCUCGGUGCCAGUGCUAGUAUAUUACAGGUCACCUCUGUGGACGCCGAUAUUAGAGCACCUUUUAAUCAAGUUACACUGAGUGUUGUCGGAGAUGAUUCCGCGCCAAAUCUUUUCACACUUGACGACACCGGAACCAUCCGUGUUGCAAACAACGUCGAUCUGGCCCAAGAUUCCGCUCUCAAGUACAAGCUGCGAAUCCUGGCCUAUGAUGGCGGUGUCCCAUCACUUAGUGCAACAACUACAGUCGACAUCACAGUUCAAAGGAACAUCUUUCCACCUGUAUUCACCAACAACGAUGUAAUCCGCGUCGUGAUCCAGGAAAACACAGCUGUGGGUACGCUCAUCGCCGAUGUCAACGCCACAGACGCCGAUCCUGACGCCCCCAACAACGUCUUUAGCUUCAGCGGCAUUGGGGAUGGAGAUGCUACGACCUAUUUCUUUGUCAAUCCGGUCGAUGGAAGGAUAACUCUCCUGAAACCUGUGAAUGGCAGUAGCAUAUAUGGAUUUAGGCUUAUUGUUCAGGCCCAAGAUGGCGGCUUCCCUCAGCUACAGAGCACCACUAUCGUUGAAAUCAGCAUUCUGAGGGACACGGACUCCCUUCAGUUCACCCUCCCUAGCUACACAGCCAGUAUAUCCGAGAAUCUCCUAGUGAACACUGUAGUCACAUCUACUGUCGCACAACCUGGGCCUGGAGUGAGCUACAUCCUGACUGGGUACAGCAGCGGACCUGACUACUUCACCAUCAACCCAACCACCGGCGCCAUCUUGGUCAAGAAAGAUCUCAGGAGUGACCUCAACAAACUCAACAUGUACUAUCUCCACGUUAAGGCGUCCCGUCAGUUUACUACUGGUCUGAAGACCGCCAUGACACAGGUAAAUAUCUCGGUAACCAGGAAUGAGAACCCACCUGUAUUCAGCACUGAGAUCUACCAAGUGACCAUCCCCGAGACACUGAGCUUAGGGUCAUCUGUCCAGCAACUGACUGCUACUGACGCCGACUCUCAAGACAUCCUUGCCUACUCAGUUGUUCCUCAGGGGAACAUCUCCGACAUCUUCUACCUCGGCCCUUCCUCAGGACUCAUCUCACUCAGGACGUUCCUGGAAGGCGGAACCAUUAAUGUCUAUCAGUUUAACGUCAUCGUCAGUGACCAGUCGCAACCCGCCAAGACAGACAGAGCUACCGUUAUUGUUAAUAUUCUGCGAGACUCUUUUGCCCCUACCUUUGUUAGAGAACCCUACAGUACCAACGUCGUCUUCAACGUUCCUAUCGACACUAACAUAUUCAACGUGGAGGCUACAGACCGGGAUCUACAAGGCAGCAUUGUGUACGAAACCAUCGGAUACCUUGCUGGACCAGGCUACUUCGCUGUGGACUCCAGAACAGGAGCUGUGACAGUCACGGCGUCUUUAACCACCGAUACAUCCUCAUCAUAUGUGCUGGGUGUGAUGGCAUAUGACAGUGCAAGACCUCUCCAGAAGGACUAUGCCAACUUAACCAUUGAGGUGAACCGUAACCCCAAUCCCCCAGUAUUCACGCAGAACACCUAUGCAAGACGUAUUCCAGAAUCCUUUGCUCUUGGUGCCAAUCUUGUCCAAGUUACAGCCACUGAUGCUGACUCGCACACUGUUCACUAUGAGAUCGUGUCCGCCAACCCUUCUGAAGGAACACAGUACUUCUAUAUGAACAAAGACACAGGGAUGUUCACCGUCGGUCGUCCUCUCACAGAAAUAACAUCGAAUGGAUUUAUAUUCAACGUUCGUGCCUUUGACGACGGCGUGCCUCCCCAGCAGAGCUCAACGUUAGCCCAAGUGACUAUAUCCAUAGACCGCAACCAGUUCGGUCCUCUCUUUGUUGACGUCCCAUACGAACAAACCAUUAGAGAGACCAUUCCUGUUGGAACAAGCGUUCUACAGGUGUCUGCCCGCGACAAUGACCCCCAGGGCUCAGCCUUCUCCAACAUAUCGUACGUCCUUAUCGGGGACGACUCUAUGCCGUCGUACUUCACCCUCAACAGCGUCACCGGCACCAUCUCUGUCAGGGCUAGUCUUACUGCGGAAACACAUGGCAUAUAUCAAGGACGAGUAGUAGCUUACGACGGAGGUGCCCCACCUCGUAGUGCUACGGCAGUAGCUAAGAUCCGAGUCUUGAGGAACUUAUUUGAGCCCCAAUUCAGUGAGCGCAACUAUGAAACAGAAAUUCUGGAAACUAUCGGAGUAGGGACAUCGAUACUACAGGUCCGAGCUUUUGACAACGACACAAGGCCUCCCUUCAACACAGUCCAGUAUGAAAUGCAGAGUGGCGCGCGUCAGUCUGACAUUUAUUUCCAAGUGGACAGUUCUUCAGGAGCUAUCUCAGUCCGAGCUCCCCUCACUGGCGACACGCAGAACCAGGCUACGUUCCAGUUCCAGGUGUUGGCGCGGGAUCUUGGCACUCCGUUCUUGGUGUCCAGUCUUCUGGCUAAUGUCAGGAUCAACGUCCAGAGGAACUUGAACCCCCCUUUCUUCCUGACGGAGCCGUACCAAGCCACCAUCAACUUCAACACCCCCGCUGGAUCCAGUGUCUUCACUGUUUCAACACGUGACAACGACCUCAGGGCUCCUUUUAACACUGUAUCCUACACCGUUAUCGGCGACGACAAUGCUCCGAACAUGUUCACAAUUGGUGCACAAAGUGGCGAUAUUUCAACGAACAGCCAAGAUCUUCAGUCGGACACUGCUUCUGAGUACAAGCUCCGAGUACUGGCCAGAGAUGGUGGUUUUCCUUCGCUGACAGCGACAACGACAGUUCUCAUCAACGUUGAACGCAACCUGAAUGUUCCCCGGUUCCUCACCCAGAACUACAGUGUCAGCAUAUAUGAAACUCAUGACUUGGGGCUUCCCAUACUACAACUAUCAGCUAUUGACCUGGAUGUGUCUAGUCCAUACAAUGACGUCACGUUCAACAUGGUCGGGGACGGUCAAGCUCAGGAGUAUUUUGCUAUCGACCCAAGCAUCGGCUCUGUCUAUGUGAAGAAGGCCUUGACACUCAUCUCCACCAAGCAGUUUGUAGCCAUCGUGUCCGUGCGGGACAACGCCCCUAACCCCCUGACUGCUGCAGACAACGCCUUCGUCACUAUCAACGUCGUCAGAAACGACCACCUCCCUGUCUUUGUUGGCGAUUCUUGCAAUCGUGAUCUGAGCCAGAAUGUUGCUGUUGGAGCCAGUGUCACACAAGUCGCUGCCGUCGACAGUGAUUCAACGAAUACUCCAUUUGGCCGUAUCACUUACGACAUCAUCGGAGACGACUCUUCGCCCGUAUACUUCAACAUCAACCCUUCUUCCGGUCUUGUGUCGGUCACCAGGUCUCUGUCCCAGGAGAAUGUUGAUAAGUACCAACUCCGUGUACAAGCUCGUGACCAUGGCGUGCCCUUCAAGUUCAAUACUACUGUCUGCGUUUUGACAAUCACAAGGAACUUCCGUGCGCCAGUCUUCAUCAACGAUCAACACUCCACCACAGUCGACGAGACUCUGCCUCUAGGCAGCGUCAUCCUCACCGUCAAUGCUACUGACGCAGAUAGUCUGGCACCGAGCAACAUCGUCCGUUACGAAGCAGUAGCAAAUACUGGCGAUGAGGAAUGUUUCCUAGUCAAUGAGAUCACUGGACAACUAGUCCUCCGUCGAGCCCUUCUCUACAGUCCAUGCACAGCUGCUGUCCUCAAGAUGUACAUACGGGCUUAUGAUCUCGGAGUUCCCCGCUUGACCAGCUCGGUGGCGAAUGUGACGGUGAUUGUCAACCGAAACAGUUUCACUCCCGAGUUUCUCAACACCCAGUACAGGAUAUUCCUUCCCGAGACCGAACCAAGUGGAUCUCUGGUGUAUAACGUCACAACACUGGACCGGGACACCGUGUCUCCCUUCAAUGUCGUCCGUCAUAGCAUCAUCGGUGACGACUCAGCAACCACGUUCUUCACCAUCGACGACGUGUCUGGACAAAUCACUCUUGCUCAGUCCAUACUUCCUGACACUGAGACUUCAUACCGGAUCCGAGUAAUGGCCACUGACCAAGGGACGCCUGCACGGACAGCUACAGCCACAAUCAAUGUCCAAGUGACCAGAAACCUGUUUGCGCCUCGGUUUAACCCUCUCAACUACGAGGCCGACAUAUACGAGACCCAGUCCCUGGGUACUUCCAUCAUUAGAGUGAAUGCUACUGACAGUGACACCAAGAGCCCCUACAACAGCGUGCGGUACGAGGCCACAGGAACACAGCAGGCUCUUUCUUACUUCAGUAUCGACAAUGUUGAUGGAACCAUCUCUGCUCAACGAUCUCUCACUCUGGACGACACCGACGCUACAAUCUAUACGAUGACGGUGAGAGCCACCGAUCUUGGCACUCCAACACAGCAAAGUACCCAGGUUGCCACUGUGAGGAUCAACGUCCUCCGUAACAACAACUGCCCACAGUUCAUCAACCUCCCGGCAAACAUCACCAUUCCAACCUCAGUCAACUUUGGCAACAGUUUGUAUAAUAUCACCGCUCUUGACAACGAUCCACCUGGACGAUUCAGCACUCUCAUUUACGACAUCAUCGGCGACGACAAUGCACCUGUGUACUUCAGCAUCAACACUUUCAGUGGUGCAGUCAGCGCACUGCCCAACCUGGUGUCUGACACCUUGACCAUGUACAGGUUACGAGUACGUGGCCGGGACGGCGGCUCUCCUUCCUGCGAGAGAUAUGAAGUCCUCACCAUCCACGUACGGCGUAACGAACACCCACCCACUUGGAUCUCCAACGGUAACUUCAGUACAACCAUCUUGGAGACACACAACAUCCUCAGCCCCAUCACUCAAGUCUUUGCUGAUGAUCAAGACACAAAUAUUCCAAACAAUGUUGUGAUAUACAGUCUCGCACAAACAUCAAACUACCGCGACAUAUUCUUCGUCGAUGACGUCAACGGCAACGUGUAUUUGAGGACUUCUCUCAUUGGAACAACCAGUAACAGUUAUGAGCUGUCCCUCGUGGCGACUGACCAGGGGUCUCCGGCACUGUCCAGUACUCCCGCCAAAUUGAUCGUCAACGUCAUCAGGAACGUCAACCCACCCAUCUUCACCAUGGAGCCUUACACACAGAACAUCAGCCAGAAUGUCGUGACAGGAUUCCAGGUCAUCACCGUGUUAGCAACAGAUGCCGACCUCACUCCACCGUACAACACCCUGACAUAUGACAUCAUCGGUGACGACUCUGCACCAACCUACUUCGUCAUAAACCCAUCAUCUGGUGUGAUCAGCUUGUCCCAGUCAAUCUCCUCGGAUGUCACAGAUCAGUACCAGAUUAGAGUGCGUGUCCAAGAUGGCGGCAGUCCUCGACUCAGUGAUGUCAUUGUGGUGCUGGUUAAUGUUGAGAGGAACCUGUUCCCACCAACCUUCACUAGCAACUCGUAUGGAGAGGUCAUCCUGGAGUCUCGAACCGUGGGAACUCGUGUUCUCAGAGUUUCUGCUAAUGACCUUGACACAACAACUCCAAACCAGAUUGUGCGUUAUGGUAUGUUAGGAGACACAAUUGAUAGCACCUACUUCAUGAUUGAAGCCGUCACUGGCGACGUCAUCGUCAGACGUCCUCUCACCGACGACACCCAAAACACAGUUGUGUUUGCUUUCCAAGCAACAGCAAAUGACCUUGGCGCCCUCCAACGUAACGCAACGCCAGUUGACGUGACGAUCACCGUCAGGAGAAACCAGAACAGCCCUGAGUUCCUCCAGACGUCCUAUACAACCACAGUAACGCAGAACCACCCUGGGGGAAGCAGCGUCUACCAGACAACUGUUGCAGACAGGGACACUGUGGCUCCUUUCAAUGUUCUUUCCUUCGAACUUAUUGGCGACGAUUCUGCGACAUCUUUUUUCACCAUCAACCCAAGCAGUGGUCUCAUCACGCUGAGAAAUGGUGCUGAUCUGACAACAGACACUGAAAUUCGCUACAUAGCCCGUGUUCUUGCUCGCGAUGGCGGCGUUCCUUCCAGAAGUGCGACGUCGGUCGUAGUCAUCAACGUGUUGAGGAAUCUGUUCCCUCCUGUGUUCAUGAAUGUUGACUUCUUCAGGACUUCAAUCAAGGAAACACUGACCGUGGGGUCUAACAUUGCUGACGUGAAUGCAACAGAUGCCGACACCACGGCUCCAGAAAACACGAUUCAGUACUCCAUUGAAGGUGAUGAUGUGGCACCAGAGUACUUCUUCAUCAACCCUAACACUGGAGAAAUUACUUUAUUGAAACCUGUGGAAAAUAUCAACAUCAAUCUCUUCAGGAUCCGAACGACUGCGACAGAUGGUGGCUCACCCGGCAGGAGUGCCGUUACUUACGUUGAAGUAACAGUUCUAAGAGAGACUGGUCGCCUGGCCUUCACCCUUCCCUACUACCGGGUAGUCAUCAGUGAGAACACAGAGGUCAACAAAAACAUCUUGUUCGCUCUCGCUCAACCAGGGAUUGCGUCUUAUCGCGUUCUUGGGAUCUCGCCCGCACCGACCUUCUUUGACGUCAGUUCCCAGAUUGGUGCUAUUGCUGUUCGCCGUGAUUUGAGACUUGACCCUGCUCGUCUGACAUUUUACCAGCUCCAGAUCGAGGCUACCGCUACACUGGACAUCAGUGUACAGACCGCCACAACCGUGGUCAACAUCACCGUAACACGGAAUGAGAACGGGCCAGUUUUCACAGACAACAGCUAUGUGACCAGCAUCCGAGACACCACUGUCAUAGGCACCGUGGUUCUCACAGUAACAGCAUCCGAUAUGGAUGGGGAUCUGGUAGACUACCGAAUGCUGGACAGCAAUUCUGCCGGAACGUAUUUCUACCUCAACCCUAGAACCGGACAACUCUCAACCAAAAUUUCACUCCGUGAAAUUAACUUGCAGAGCUUCCAGUUCCAAAUUCAAGCUGGUGAUCAACGAGCACCAGAGAGAACUUCACGGUCCAACGUCACAAUUGUCAUCGAACGUGAUCAGCAACGACCUCAAUUUGUUGACGAUCCCUACACGACUGCAGUUCAAGAGACUACCGUUAAUGGAUCCACCGUCUACCAAGUGUCUGCUUUCGAUGCUGAUUUACAGGGUUCCCUCACGUACGAGAUCACAGGGGAAGGUGUUGCUCCAGCCUUUUUUGAGAUCAACUCUAACACCGGCACGGUUACUGUCUAUGACAGAGAAGCUCUCCUGUUUGACAGAGGAACAAACUACAAACUCGUUGUUGUUGUGUACGACUCUGCCUACCCUGCCGUUAGGGAUACAGCCGAGAUCGGUAUUGCCGUCCUCCGCAACAUCAACACCCCCAUUUUCACCACCAACACCUACGAGGUUACCAUUCCAGACACAUACGAACUUGGCACCAACAUAACACAGGUCUCUGCAAGUGACAGUGAUGGGAAUAUUGUCAAGUAUGAGGUCAUCGGCGAUACCCGCGCCUUGGAAUUCUAUUAUGUGAAUCCCGAUAACGGAGUUAUCUCACUGAAGAAGCUUCUCACAGAGGGAUCCCAGCCCACUGAUACGCUGACAAUACGAGCCCGUGACCAAGGUGUCCCCGAGAAGUUCGGCAACUGUUUAGUGAUCGUUACCAUCAAGAGAGACGAUCAUGCUCCCGUGUUCACCCGCGUCCCCUACCGGGCCACUGUCCAGCGUCUCUCCCCCGUCAACAUGACCGUCAUCCGGGCGAUUGCCACUGACCAGGACUUGCAGGGAACACUCCACUAUGAAAUCCUCGGCAACUAUCCCGCCCCAAGCUUCUUCCAGAUUGAUGCCGUUUUGGGUGACAUUACAAUCAAGCGACCACUUGCAUUCGACAGCCUUCUGACAAACACUUACUAUGUAAGUAGAAACAAGUAA